GUUUGACACACCAGAACAGUGUUUCUCAGACGGAGGGUCAGUGUCACACAAGGACUAAACAAUAGAACUGAGCUGGGACCUUGAUGGGACUUCACUGAUACAUUUUAGCAAGACAACACUCAUGGAGAGAAAUACAACUUUCCCUUUGUUCCCUGGCAAUCACAGCCUCACCAACAGCACAUGUUCCCGUGACAACGUGUUGAAGACGGUGGUUUUUCCUGUUCUCUACUCCUUUCUCUUUUUGGUGGGGCUGUCACUCAAUGCCGUGGCUGUGUGGGUGUUUUUUCGCAUCCCCUCGAAGUCUCACUUCAUUAUAUACCUGAAGAAUAUCGUGGUUGCGGAUGUCAUUAUGACCUUCACAUUCCCUUUCAAGGUGUUAUCAGACUCCAACAUGGCUUCCAUUGGGCUGCGUAUAUUUGUGUGUCGAGUUUCCUCAGUGCUCUUCUACCUCACCAUGUACAUCAGCAUCCUCUUCUUUGGCCUCAUCAGCAUCGAUCGCUGCAGAAAGACCCUCAAGCCCUUCAGAGGGACUAAUGCAGCCCGGUUGACCCGUCGCAAAGUCCUUUCAGGAGCCAUCUGGACCUUUCUGCUGGUUCUCUGUUUGCCCAAUGUGAUCCUAACACGUAAAACCCCGACUUCUUUAUAUUUCAAGUGCAGUAAUCUGAAGACAGAGGCUGGGCUCUACUGGCAUGAGGUGGUGAAUCAUGUCUGUCAAGUUAUUUUUUGGGGCAACCUGGUGACAGUGAUAGUAUGCUACACUCUAAUCACCAGAGAGUUGUAUAGAUCAUACUCCCGCACUAAAGCCCACAGCAGUGGAGGGAGCAUACAUCGGGCAUCAAGUGGGGCAACAACUCGGAAUCCCAGCCAGGCAAAAAGAAAAAUGAGUGCGAAUGUAUUCCUGGUUUUGGCCGUGUUCUUUGUGUGCUUUGUGCCAUUUCACUUUGCCCGUGUGCCAUAUACCAUGAGCCAGACGCGAGAGGUCUUUGACUGUAAUCUCAAACUCUUCUUCUUUCAGCUGAAGGAAAGCACACUCUUCCUCUCAUCUUUAAACUCUCUUCUGGAUCCUCUCAUCUAUUUCUUUCUCUGUAAGUCCUUCAGGACCACUUUGUUCAAGACCCUGCGGUUCCCGCCUGGUACCUGUGGCUGGUUAAUAAAGGGAGAAUCCGAGAUGAACACAGGCAGCACCCCCCUGAGAGACUCCUCUGUUGGUACAUAAAACCAGUGACAAAGACUUUAUUAACAUUAUAUCUGAAUAUGCACAUUCUGUAUUAUAAAUGUGGGGGUGACAGACAGGGUACUACAUUUUCUGUUGUGCUAUAAUGAACGAAUUAAUUGUGUAUAUGCCACAGCACGUAUUUGUGUUCAUGAUCCUCACAAAAUAAUUUUGAUGUCAUGCUUUUAAAAACCUGCAGGUUCAACAUUGUAACCUAAGCUUAUGAACCUGUCGUAUUGUCUUUGGAGAACAGACAAGUUGAGAAAGAAAAGAGAAAAAAAGUAAGAGAAGUAGAAACGUGAAUAGCUGUUUUUUACUCACUUGUAUCAAAUGUCAACACGUCUGUUGUUUUCCUUUCUGUUCUCUAUUCCAGUCAACUACAUUAAGUUCCUCUUCUGAUGUCUUCACUCAGACUAAUCUUAGAGAAUGUGACUGAAAAUAAAAAUCAAUUUAAAGAUAUACGCAAUAUUUCAAAAUAGCUCAUAAAUGUCAAUACAAUAUGAUCUCUUAUUGUUGCAUGUACAUAAAGUUUGAGUUAGCAUUAAAUAAUCAAACCAUGUAGCAGGUAAAAUGUUUUGUCAAUGUUUGAUUCUUUUUUUCUUUUUUGGUUUUGCUACCAACAAUGAAAUUACAGAAAAUGAGGGGCUUUCCAGUUUUACAAAAAAUGCAUAAUGAAACAACAAAAACAGAAGUAAAGGUAACUUUGUGGUUUGUUUGCCAUGUGGUUUUUGUCUUAUCAUGCAACUGGCAUGACUUCUCACACAGUCGAAUAUUAAAUCCCGUGCCUCUCUUAGCCACAAUA